AUGAAAAAGUCAAUCAAAUUGGCCCACUCUAUCAUUCGGCAAACAGCAACAAGAAGCAGUUCGACUCUUACAAACUCUUCUGUGCAUCUCAUCUGCCCAUCGGGUUUUAUUUUCAACAGGAAUUCUUCAUCAGAGAGCAAUCCAUUCUUUAAUUUUAUUACUCCGUCAUGUUCAACUUGUUAUUUUCAUACUACCUCUUUCCAAGCAAAAGAAAAAGAUCCCUAUAAAAUUCUCGGAGUCCCUAAAACUGCUACUAAAGAAGAAAUUAAAAAGAAAUUCAAAGAAAUGGCUAAAAAAUUCCAUCCCGAUAUUAAUAAGGCUCCCGAUGCCAAAGAAAAAUUUGCAGAAUUGAAUGGAGCUUAUCAAAUCCUGGUGGAUGAUGAAAAACGUAAAAUGUAUGACAUGACUGGAUCUACAGAACAAGCAGACUUUGCGGGUGCGGAUGGAGGACCUUUUGGUGGUGGAUUUGGUGGAGGAAUGUCAAGAGAACAGGCUGAAGAGAUUUUCAAUCAAUUUUUCGGUCGUGGUGGUCCAUUUGGUGGAGAUUUUUCAAGUGCAUUUGGUGGAGAUCCAUUUGGCGGAAUGGGUGGUAGAGGUGCAGCACCAAGAGGACCUAGACAAGGUGCUGAUGUUCGUAAAUCGAUUCGAAUUUCAUUGAAAGAGGCUGUGACUGGAACUAAAAAGGAGUUGAGAAUUAAUAAGGCAGUCGAAUGUACAUCGUGUGGUGCUACUGGAGUUAAGGCUGGAACAAAACCAAAGACAUGUACACAUUGUAAUGGAACAGGUACAAUGACGAUGCAACAGGGAUUUUUCAUAAUGCGAUCAACAUGUGAGGCUUGUGGUGGUAGUGGCAAACUUCAUGAAGAUUGUCCAUCAUGUAAAGGCGAGGGAUAUACAUCAGAAAUGAAAACAGUGGAAGUGACAAUACCUUCUGGUGUUGACACUGGAACUACAUUAAGAUUGCCUGGACGAGGUGCUGCCGGACAACGAGGAGGCCCACCCGGUGACAUGUUUUUAGAAGUGUUUGUUGAACCUGAUCGUAACUUUACGAGAAAAGGUGAUGAUUUGGAAACAAAAACAAAUAUUUCACUCUCCCAGGCUGUAUUGGGAGGAUCAGUCGACAUUAAUACCAUCACUGAUGAAAAAGUUACUGUUCACAUCCCGUCAGGAUCUCAACAUGGAGACAGAGUAGUAUUGAAAGGAAAAGGCGUCAAACCAAAGAACAAAUUCUCAGCUGGUAAUUUGAAUGUGUAUCUCAAUAUUCAAAUACCAAGAAAUUUAACGGGUGAACAACGAGAAUUAUUUGAACAGUUUGCACAAUUAGAAACAGACCGAACAGGAAAGGUGAAUGCUCCAACAGAUCAUUCUUCAUCAAGUGAUCAGUCUGAUCAAGGAGAGAAGAAGGGUUUCUUUGAAAAUUUAAAAUCCAAACUCAAUAAAAAGGAAUAA